CACUGCCCAGUGCCUAAAAUUUUCUAUGUCCAGUUAACUGUUGGCAACAGUGAGUUUUUCGGUGAAGGAAAGACUCGUCAAGCUGCUAGACAUAAUGCUGCAAUGAAGGCCCUUCAAGCUCUCCAGAAUGAGCCUAUUCCAGAAAAAUUACCUCAGAAUGGAGAAACAGGAAAAGAAUCAGAAGAAGAUAAAGAUGCAAACAAGUCCGAAAUCAGUGUAGUGUUUGAAAUUGCUUUGAAGCGCAAUAUACCUGUCAGUUUUGAGGUGAUUAAGGAAAGUGGACCUCCUCACAUGAAGAGCUUUGUUACACGAGUUACAGUAGGAGAAUUCACUGCAGAAGGAGAAGGCAACAGCAAGAAACUCUCAAAGAAACGUGCUGCAAUGUCUGUCCUACAAGAACUUAAGAAACUUCCUCCUCUUCCUGUGAUUGAGAAGCCAAAACUUUACUUUAAAAAACGUCCAAAAACAAUAUUGAAGACUGGACCAGAAUAUGGUCAAGGGAUGAAUCCCAUCAGUCGUCUGGCUCAGAUUCAACAGGCCAAAAAGGAGAAGGAGCCAGAGUAUGUUCUUCUUUCAGAGAGAGGAAUGCCUCGCCGUCGAGAGUUUGUUAUGCAGGUAAAAGUAGGCAAUGAAAUUACUACUGGAACAGGUCCAAACAAGAAAAUAGCUAAAAGAAAUGCAGCAGAAGCAAUGUUGCUACAGCUGGGUUACAAAGCCUCUACUCCUCUUCAAGACCAGCCAGAAAAGCUUGGAGAAAACAAGAGUUGGAACGGCCAGAAUGUUGGGUUUCCUGAGCCAACAAGUAACACACCAAAGGGAAUACUCCAUCUCUCUCCUGAUGUUUAUCAAGAGAUGGAAGCGAGCCGCAACAAAUCAGCCCCUGGUACCACUGUAAGCUAUUUGUCGCCCAAAGAAAUGAGCCAGACUUCUAGCUCUUUCUUCAGCAUAUCUCCUACAACAAAUAGCACAGCUACGAUUGCCAGGGAACUUCUCAUGAAUGGAACGUCCCCAACUGCCGAAGCCAUAGGUCUAAAAGGAAUAUCUCCCGCUUCCCCCUGUUCUGCAGUGCAGCCUUCAAAACAGCUGGAGUAUUUGGCAAGGAUUCAAGGCUUUCAGGUACACUACAGUGAUAGACAAAAUGGCAAAGAGUGUAUGACCUGUUUGACACUGUCUCCUGUGCAGAUGACUUUCCAAGGUAUCGGAAGCUCCAUUGAAGCCAGCCAUGACCAGGAAGCCUACACAUACCUUGCUCCACGGCCAUCCCCAUGCCUGCCACCGGUGCAUAUCCAGCUGGUGGCGGCAUUGUCCAAACCUCCCAGCCUUGCGCUCCUCAUGGGUGGAAUUUGCCACAUAGACCCCAAGAAGGGGCUGCCGGGUCAGGUGACAAAGGCAAUUCGAG